AUGAAACAUCAAAUUGUAUUUUUAUUUUUAUUAGUAUGCUUAUUAAGUGGGCCGUUUUCAAACACAAAUAAAAAUGUAUUGAGUUAUGAAGUAUUAAAUAACAACAUUAAUAAAUUUACAUUUUUGAAAACAAACCAAUAUAAAAAAAAAUGCACACAAAGAAGAUAUAGUCAAAAAGAAGCGAACAAAUAUACAAAUUUAUAUACAAUUAAAAAUCCAUUAAAAUGCAAAGUUGUAAAUAAAAUAAAAUUAGUUAGGGAAAAUGCAAAGCAUAUAGUAUAUAAUAUUGAAAUAAAUCACAACAGACUUUUUAAAUAUAUAGAAGGGCAAUCAUGUGGAAUAAUUCCAUACUAUUCUGAAAAAGAUAAUGAAUAUAAUAAUACAAAAAUAGAAAAUGAUGUAAAUUUUGAAAAAAAUAAAAAUAAUGUCAAAACAAAAAAAUGUGCAAGGUUAUAUUCUAUAUCGUCAGGUAAUUGUUAUAAUUUAUCUGUUGCAAUACGGAUACAUAAAUAUGAAGAAAAUUUGAAUGAAAUAAAAAAUAUAAAAUAUGGUUAUUGUUCAGGUUAUAUAGAAAAUAUAAAAAAAAAUGAUGAUAUAUAUUUAACUGGGGCACAUGGAAAUUUUAUUUUAUCCAAUAAUGUUAUUCAAAAUAAUACAAAUUUAAUUUUAAUUGGAACAGGAACUGGUAUAUCUCCAUAUAUAAGUUUUUUAAAAAAAUUAUUAAUAUGUGACAAGAAUAAUCCAAUAAAAAAAAAUACAUAUUCUGGUUUUAUACAUAUAUUUUAUGGAGUUUAUAAUGAAGAUUCAAUUUUAUAUUUAGAAGAAUUAGAAAAGUUUAAAAAAUUAUAUCCUAAUAAUUUACACAUACAUUAUGUUUUCUCUGUAAAUAAAAAAUUAGAUGGAUCGUCAUUUUAUGUACAAGAUGAAAUACUUAAAAAAAAAGACGAAUUUUUUCACCUAUUUAAUGAUUAUGAAACAGAGCUUUAUAUAUGUGGUCAUAAAGAAAUAAAACAACAAAUUAUGAAUAUUUUAAAAAGCGAUAAAAAUUUUGAUAUUUCAAAAAAAAAAAAAAUUCAUGUUGAAGUUUAUUAA